AUGGAGCCGCCGCCAGCGCCGCCGCUGCUGCUGCCGCUGCUGUUCCCACGCAAGGUCCGCCUGAUGCGGCCGCUGCUCGCCUGCUGCUGCUGCUUCUUCCUGGCUCUGCUCCCGCCGGCGGCCGAGCCCCUGUGCCCGGCGCCAUGCGACUGCCAGCAGCAGCAGCACCUCCUGUGCACCAACCGGGGGCUGCGGGCGGUGCCCAAGGCGGCCGAGCCGCAGGACAUCCUCACCUACAGCCUGGGCGGCAACUUCAUCGCCAACAUCUCCGCCUUCGACUUCCACCGCUUGGUGGCGCUGCAGCGCCUGGACUUGCAGUACAACCGCAUCCGCGCGCUCCACCCCAAGGCCUUCGAGCGCCUGGCGCGCCUGGAGGAGCUCUACCUGGGCAACAACCUCCUGGCCGCCCUGGCGCCGGGCACGCUCCGCCCCCUGGCCAAGCUGCGCAUCCUCUACGUCAAUGCCAACGAGAUUAGCUCCCUGACGGCCGCUUCCUUCGCCGGCCUGGGCAGCCUGGUCAAGCUGCGGCUGGACGGCAACGCCUUGGCCUCGCUGGGCGACGCCACCUUCUCGGGCCUGGCCAACUUGCUCUACUUGCACCUGGAGGCCAACCGCAUCCGCUGGCUGAGCCGCAACGCUUUCGCCGGCCUGGCCAAGCUGCGCUUUCUCGACUUGUCCGGGAACCAGCAGGACCUGUUGCGCCAUGCGGACACUUUCAGGCCGAUGCGCUUGCUGAGCAGCCUGCUUCUCUCGGGCAACAACAUGAAGCAGCUGGGGAAAGGGCUUUUCCAACACCUGCCCAGCUUGGCCAAGCUGUCGCUGAGCGGCAACCGCCUGGGCUGGCUGGCCCCUGAGGCCUUCGUUGGUCUGGGGGCCCUCAAGGAGUUGCGUUUAGAAGGGAACCUGCUGAGCCAACUGCCCGCCCAGCUGCUGCAGCCCCUGCGUAGCCUUGAGGUGUUGGACCUGAGCCACAACCAGCUGGCUGUCCUUCCUCCGGGUGCCUUUGGCCACCUGCACAAGCUGCGGGAGCUCAGCUUGCAGGAAAAUGUGCUGGCCACGGUCGCCGGAGACCUCUUUGCCUCCAGCCCGGCUCUCUAUCGCUUGGAGCUUGAUGGGAACCCCUGGAGUUGCGAUUGCCGCCUGCGGGGCUUGAAGCACUGGCUGGGCGCCUGGCAUUCCCAGGGCCGACUCCUCACGGUGUUUGUGCAGUGCCGUCAGCCUCCCGCUCUGGCAGGGAAAUACCUUGAUUACCUGGAGGAUGCAUAUCUCCUCCCGCCGCUCAAUGGUUCUUCUUGCUCCGAAGCGGUGGCCUCUUCUUCUUCUUCUUCUUCAGGCAACAGCAGUGUCAGCACCCCAGGCCAGGCACAGGAGAAACUAAGCUCCCUGCCCUCCGUCUCAACCAUGCAGCUCGUGGGCUCCCAGGAGAUGUUGGCCUCACUGCCAGAAAGAGACAAAUGGGGAAUGGACGGGAGCCCUACAGCCUCAACGCCCAGCCUGCUCUUUAGUACUCGGCCACCUUCUUUCCCUGGAGCUGCUUGGCCUCGGCGGGCAGGGAAGCACCACCUCGUCUCUUCAGUGUCCGGCACUCCGCCGCUGGUCACUGACCCCUGUGAUUUUAACAAGCUGUUCCUGCACAACCUGUCGGUGGAGGCAGUCAGUGCCAAUGAGGUGACGGUGCGCUGGGCGGUCCGGCCACAUCGCAGCCCUCGCUUGCUGGGGCCCGUGCGCUUCCGAAUCCUCUUUGACCGCUUUGGAGCGGCUGUCAAGUUCCAGCGUUUUGUUUAUCUCCCCGAAUGGAGCGAGCCGGUGGCCACCCUGCAGGAGCUGCACCCGGACACCCCUUACUUGGUCUGUGUGGAGGGAGUGAUGGGAGGCCGCGUCUGCCCAGUGGCCCCGCGGGACCAUUGUGCAGGGCUGGUCACCUUGCCCGAAGAGAGAGCGGGUGGUGCUGCUGCCGUGGCCGGUGGGUCCCAAAGCCUGGACCAUCAGCUCCUUGUCCUUGUGCUGCUGGCGGUCAAUGCGCUGCUGCUCUUCUUGGCCCUGGCGGCCUGGGGCUCCCGCCUGGUGCGGAAGAAGGUGCUGAGCUGCCGGCGGCGGAAGGCCGCCUCGCCCAUCCACGUGCGGCAGAUGUAUUCCACCCGCCGGCCCCUGCGCUCCAUGGGCACAGGCGUCUCUGCUGACUUUUCCGGCUUCCAGUCCCACCGCCCGCCCCGGAGCACGGUCUGUGCCUUGAGUGAGGCUGAUCUGAUCGAGUUCCCUUGUGAACGCUUCAUGGACAGUGGGGCUGGAGGGAACAGCAGCGCCCGGCGUGGGGAGGAUCAUCUGUUGCAACGGUUUGCAGACUAGUGAUGUGACCUAAAGAAAACAGCAAACGGUGGGAUUCUGUAAUCUCAGAAUCGAGUGGUUUAGCAAGGUCUGCUGGGAACUGUAGCCUCUGCGUGGCUAUAGGUAGGCUUGCCUAUAACGGUGAGGCACCUCCAAAAAUGGUGCCUCAUCAGACUAAUGGCGGAUGUCUGUAGAAAAGGGUAUACUAAAAGAAGAAACAAACCAGCAAAUAAGGCAUCCUUGAAAUUACAGGCGGCCAUAUUUACUUAGGCGGUUGCUACUUUCUCAUUUGGGGACCAAACCUAGUUACAGCGGGAUUCUACCACUUUUAUUUCAAAGUACCACCACUAUUCCUUACUGUAGGUGGGAGGGCAUUAGCUCCUGUUCAUGAGCAACAGGUGUUAUCGUUGUCCAAUCACCAGUUGCCAUACUGAGAUAGUCUAAUUUUUUUUAAAAAAACAACAACCCCAACAACACUGUAAUAAUCAUUAACCUGUGGAUAUAACUCUGUAGCUAAUCUCCACUGUUUUUGGCCAAGAAAGGAAUUACGAUAACAGGAGUGAAACAAAAAAGAAGGCAGUUCUAUAUUGACCUUCCCCAAUCCAGAUAUUUUUAGACAACAACUCCCAGCAUUCCUGACUAUUGGCCAUGCCGGCUGGGGCUGAUGGGAAUUGAAUUCCAAAACAUCUGGAGGGCGCCAUGUUGGGAAAUGCUGGCCUGUAUAAAUGUUCUCAGCCGGACUUGUUUCUGUGCUGUUUGGAUUCUCUUUAAUGCUGGUCUUGCACCAUUUUAAGGACUAUUAUUUACACCAGUUAUAGCAAGAUCAAGUCCUAGGGCCUCUCCCGUUCACAGGAUGACAGUCUUGCUUCAGAGGAGCACAGGACAGAAGACCUUUUCCCAUGGCAGAUCUGUGGGGCUUAUGCAUGGUACUGCUGCCACCACCAGGGGUAUGCUGGCAUUGCUGGGCAUAUGUUGCUGGGUGUAU